AUGUCUCCACAGAAACACCGAGAGGGCCAUAAAACUCAUAAAAAUGGUCUGCUGAGUGAUGGUGAGUUCCUGGACAUCACUGAGAUAAAGCGACAGCAGGCGGCGGAUUACGAGUGUGUGACCCACAACGGAGUCUCCCCGAGCGACCAGCGCAAGGUCAAAGUCACCGUCAACUACCCGCCCAUGAUCACGGAUGUGAAGAACAUGCCGGCACACGUGGGUAAGACCGUGAUCCUGCGCUGUGAGGCCAUGGCCGUCCCCGCCGCCUCCUUCGAGUGGUUCAGAGACGACCACAGGCCUGUGGAGAGCGACAACAACCUCAGAGUCAAACAUGAGAAAACUCGGUCUCUGCUGCUUUUCUCCAACGUCACCGAGAAACACUUUGGGAACUACACCUGCUUCGCUUCGAACCGACUCGGAACCUCCAACGCCAGCAUGCUGCUGUUCAGACCGGGGGCUGUGUACGGACGAGCGAGCGGUCUACAGCCGGGUCUGAGCGUCAGCAUCUUGGUUUCGCUUUCGGCCGUCCGUCUGCUGAGGGUCUGA